AACGGACCUUCCUACCCUUGCGCUGUCCCUUCUCAGGAUUCUCUCUUGACGCCUCCUCCGCCCAGGGCAUGUGGAUCCCGGCGGGUCGGAGCUGGUGGCGCGGUCGGGGGCUCGCGCCCUGGGCUUCGGGGUCCGUCCGAACAGGGCUACCCCGGUCCCGGCCGGCGCCGACCGCCGCGGCCGCCGCGGAGUCCCGGGCGCCCCACAGGCCCUACGGCUCUGCCGAGCUCAAGGAAAAACCUGACAUGUCUAGAUUUCCUGUUGAAGAUAUCAGAAAUUUCAGUAUUAUUGCACACGUGGACCAUGGUAAAAGUACUUUAGCUGACAGACUCCUGGAACUGACAGGAACAAUUGAUAAGACCAAGAAUAACAAGCAAGUACUUGAUAAAUUACAAGUGGAACGAGAAAGAGGAAUCACUGUUAAGGCACAGACCGCAUCUCUGUUUUAUAGUUUUGGAGGAAAGCAGUAUCUUUUAAAUCUCAUUGAUACGCCAGGACAUGUUGAUUUUAGUUAUGAGGUGUCCAGGUCACUUUCUGCUUGCCAAGGGGUUUUACUGGUGGUCGAUGCAAAUGAGGGUAUCCAAGCCCAAACAGUAGCAAACUUCUUUCUUGCCUUUGAAGCACAGCUGUCAGUAAUCCCAAUUAUAAACAAGAUAGAUCUGAAGAAUGCUGACCCUGAAAGGGUUGAAAAGCAGAUUGAAAAAGUGUUUGAUAUUCCAUCUGAGGAAUGUAUUAAGAUUUCUGCUAAACUUGGGACUAAUGUUGAAAGUGUUCUUCAGGCAGUUAUUGAAAGGAUACCUCCGCCUAAUGUGCACCGCAACAAUCCACUGAAAGCUUUGGUAUUUGAUUCGACCUUUGACCAGUAUAGAGGUGUGAUAGCCAAUGUAGCCUUAUUUGAUGGCAUGGUUUCCAAAGGAGACAAAAUUGUAUCUGCCCAUACGCUAAAGACAUAUGAUGUUAAUGAAGUAGGAAUUUUGGUUCCUAAUGAGCAGCCAACUCAUAAAUUAUAUGCAGGCCAGGUGGGCUAUCUGAUUGCUGGGAUGAAAGAUGUCACUGAAGCACAAAUAGGAGAUACAUUGUAUUUACAUAAGCAUCCAGUGGAGCCCUUGCCUGGGUUUAAAUCCGCGAAACCAAUGGUAUUUGCAGGAAUGUAUCCUAUAGAUCAGUCUGAAUAUAAUAACCUGAAGAGUGCUAUAGAAAAACUGACUUUAAAUGACUCCAGUGUGACAGUUCACCGGGAUAGUAGCCUUGCCCUAGGUGCUGGCUGGAGGUUGGGGUUUCUUGGACUUUUACACAUGGAAGUUUUCAAUCAGCGACUAGAACAAGAAUAUAAUGCUUCUGUUAUUUUGACAACCCCCACUGUUCCAUACAAAGCUGCUCUUUCAUCAGCAAAGUUGAUAAAGGAUUACAGAGAAAAAGAAAUCACAAUCAUCAACCCUGCACAGUUCCCUGACAAGUCCAAAGUAACAGAAUAUUUGGAGCCAGUUGUUUUAGGCACUAUUAUAACACCAGAUGAAUACUCUGGAAAAAUAAUGGGCCUUUGCCAGACUCGAAGAGCAGUUCAGAAAAAUAUGACGUUUAUUGAUCAAAAUAGAGUUAUGCUUAAAUAUCUCUUCCCUUUGAAUGAAAUUGUGGUAGACUUUUAUGAUUCAUUGAAAACUGUUUCUUCUGGCUAUGCUAGUUUUGAUUAUGAAGAUGCAGGCUACCAGACUGCAGAACUUGUAAAGAUGGAUAUUCUAUUAAAUGGAAAUAUUAUAGAGGAGCUAACAACUGUUGUACACAAAGAUAAAGCAUACUCUGUGGGUAAAACUAUAUGUGAACGCUUAAAGGAUUCUCUUCCUAGGCAGCUGUUUGAAAUAGCAAUUCAAGCUUCUAUAGGAAGUAAAAUCAUUGCAAGAGAAACUGUGAAAGCCUAUAGAAAAAAUGUUUUGGCAAAAUGUUAUGGUGGUGAUAUUUCCCGAAAAAUGAAACUUUUGAAGAGACAAGCAGAAGGUAAAAGGAAGCUAAGGAAAAUUGGCAACAUUGAAGUUCCAAAAGAUGCCUUUAUCAAAGUUUUGAAAGCACAACCUAAUAAAUAAUUCAUGGGACCAAA